GACAUACUGUAUUUCGAUGAGGACGAUUUCUACUUUGUUGUCGAUCGAGUGAAAGACCUCAUAAAAGUGAAUGGUGUACAAGUUUCUCCCUCUGAAUUGGAGGACAUAAUUCUGACGGAGCCGUGCGUUCGAGAGGUGGGAGUGAUUGGCAUUCCACAUCCCCAGAGCGGUCAGGUACCCAAGGCAUUCGUAGUGCUCGAAGAAGGCACAGAUCACGUAAAUGCAAGAAAAGCGCAUCAUCGAUCUUGUCAAAAGGUCGCGCCAGCCAAGCAACUUCGUGGAGGAGUUGAGAUUGUCAACGAAUUACCCAAAACGAGCAGUGGGAAGGUUAAACGCAGUGAAUUGCGUGCUGCCUUUCGCGAU